UUCUUUGAAUGUCCCAUUACGCCUCAUUGAAAACAUCCUGUUUGGCUGGCUGAGAAUGACAAGCGCACGAACUUUUCUUGGAGAAGCCACAGAGACCACUAGCUUGAAUAUUGCCUGCCAAAAGCUGAGCCACUAAAGGGACACAUUAGUUUAACAGAACCACUACUAGUUAGUACUGUUAUUAUAAUAGCAGUUUUAACAGCGCCAUUACAUUAAAGGCUUCUAACCGAAGUGCUGUAGAACUGGCAAAAUGUAUUUCUGAAUCGGUACGGUCGUCAUACGCGGUGAAUUCUCAUUGGAUGGCACGCUAACCUGUGUACCGGAAGUGGUUCUGAUGCGGGAACUGGUGUGACGGUUCUUGCGGUCGGUGUGAGAUGGAUGCAAUUAAUAAACUGAAACAAUUUGAUGCGUAUCCGAAAACUCUUGAGGAUUUUAGGGUGAAGACAUGUGGUGGGGCCACAGUGACCAUUGUGAGCGGUCUGAUCAUGCUGAUCCUGUUCUUUUCCGAGUUGCAGUACUACCUAACUAAAGAGGUGCAUCCAGAAUUGUUCGUGGACACAUCACGGGGCGACAAGCUACAAAUUAAUAUAGAUGUAGUCUUUCCUCAUAUGCCAUGCGUCUAUCUGAGUAUUGAUGCUAUGGAUGUCGCUGGAGAGCAGCAGUUGGAUGUUGAGCAUAACCUAUUUAAACAGAGGCUUGACAAGGACGGCAACCCUGUCACUUCUGAGGCAGACAAACAUGAUUUAGGUAAAGAAGAGGGUGAAGGGGAGGUGUUUGACCCAAGCAAAUUGGACCCAGACCGCUGUGAGAGUUGCUAUGGUGCUGAGACUGAAGACCUAAAAUGUUGUAACUCCUGCGAUGAUGUACGAGAGGCUUACCGACGGAGAGGCUGGGCGUUCAAGACACCGGACACCAUUGUGCAGUGCAAGAGAGAGGGCUUCAGUCAGAGAAUGCAGGAACAGAAGAAUGAAGGCUGCCAGGUUUUUGGAUUCCUGGAGGUGAACAAGGUGGCAGGAAAUUUCCAUUUUGCGCCUGGCAAAAGCUUUCAGCAGUCUCAUGUCCACGUGCACGCUGUGGAAAUUCAUGAUCUGCAGAGUUUUGGAUUAGAUAAUAUAAAUAUGACACACAUAAUUAAACACCUGUCUUUUGGCAAAGACUACCCUGGUAUUGUCAACCCACUGGACGGAACUUUCGUCACAGCACCACAAGCGUCCAUGAUGUACCAGUAUUUUGUGAAAAUAGUGCCAACGAUCUAUGUUAAAGGAGAUGGAGAGAUGGUGAAAACAAAUCAAUUUUCUGUGACUCGUCAUGAGAAAGUGGCCAACGGUCUGAUAGGGGACCAGGGACUCCCAGGAGUUUUUGUGCUAUAUGAACUUUCUCCUAUGAUGGUGAAAUUCACCGAAAAGCAGCGGUCUUUCACCCAUUUUCUGACGGGAGUUUGUGCAAUCAUUGGCGGUGUGUUCACAGUGGCUGGACUCAUCGAUUCAUUAAUAUACCACUCAGCAAGAGCCAUCCAAAAGAAGAUUGAGCUGGGGAAGGCAUCGUAGCCAUUACUAUUUUUUUAACAACUGUAAUUAAAAUUGAUGCAGCUCUGGUUCCAACAAGUUCUGUCUGUAAAGGGAAGGGCCACAGACUGAUUCUCAGCUCAUGGUAAAUGGAGCUCUUAUUUUCAACACUCAGACAAUGCAGUUCUACUUUUGUGAAUUGCCCUCCCAGAUGAGACUUGCGGAGUCUAGGACUAUUCAUCUCUGGCUUUAUCAAAUACAGUACUUCCCACAUAUCAAUUGGAAUCUAAGUUUUUUUUUUUAUUUCUUUAAGCAAUCACUUUUGGCAUUGUUUUUUCUUUUUCAUUCUCAAGAAGGUGUCUGAAUUUCUUUGAGGAUCACAAAAACAGUAAUACAAUUAAGCACCAGUUUUUUUCGCUAUUAUGUGGAGACGUUGCCCGUCUACAGAAUCAAAACAUGCUGGCACUCCAGACCUUGAUAGUAGACACAUCUCAUUUUACAGCCAAACUUCUAUGAAGGUUUAAUUCCAGUGGUGCCGAAUGCAUUUAACACUCGACUACCGUGUAAACUGGAGAAGAAGUCACUAAAACAGGAGGAAGUUGGGUCGUCCGUCGGGUUAUAUACACUCACACAGAAGCACAGAAGGUGCAAGAUGUGGAUACUUUUAUUGUGUUAGCACCUUCACAAAAAAAAAUCAGGAGCUGGGGUUUGUGUGCGUGCGUGUGCGCGUGUGUGCGUGUGUGUGUGUGUGUGUGUGUGUGUGCGCGCGUGUACUUGUGUGUGUGUGCGCAUGUAUGAUUGGGCAGAUGUUUACGUUGGUGUGGGUGUGUGAUCUAUGUGUGUAGGGAUGUUCCUGUCUGCUUGAUCUCUCUGUACGUGUGUUGGUGUCUGGUGCUUUGGACAGCCUGUGUUGUGUCUGGGAGAAAUGUAUUUAUAUUUUGAUUGUCCUCUACAGUUUUUAAAAUGACAAAUAAAUAAUUGAAAACUUGCA